AAGAAUUCAUUGUUGAAUUAUUUAUUUUAACAAUUUUCGAAAACAAAUGCAUGUUUUAAUUGGCGUUAAAUAAAAUGUUCGACAGAGAAAAAUAUGUGAAAUAUUCGGAAUUAAAUGAUUACAAUAAGGAUUACGGGCGUUUUUAUCGUAAACCGGAAAAAAACAGAUUAUUACAGAGAAGAUCUCCAGAAAACUGGAAAGCAAUGGAAGAAGAAACAGAAUUCCUUCAUUAUCUUCAGCAAAAUUCGGAUGAUAUGUACAUGAAUAUGUACAUGGAUCCCGAUGAGUUACAAUAUUAUCUUCCUCAAGACAAUUAUAAUAAUUAUAUAUAUUAUGAAAAUGAUUUUGAAUCUCCUCCUUUAAGAGAACAACCUGUUAAAUGCAAAAAAAAAACUAAGAAACCUUUACCUUCGAAAUCAUAUCCUCUUUCUCCUCUUACGCCAAAUAGUUUACAUAAAUAUACUGUAUUGGAUCCAAUUAAAUCUAAAAAGGAUAAUAUAGUUAAAGAAAGCAUAAAUGAAAUAAAGAAAAAUACAGUUUCAAUAGUAGAAAGUAGAAAUAAAAGUGAACAAAUUGCAAAUUUUAAUGAAGAGAAACGUGAGAAAAUGAAUUUAUUAGAAGAAUUACCGAGCGAAGCAUUCAAACAGGUUUAUUUCGUGGAAAGUCCUCCUCCUCCUGAAGAAAAUCGAGAGAUUAAUUCCUCGCGGGAAUCUAUUAAACAGACAAACAAAGAGGAAAUUCUUAAAGAAGAGAAAGUGAUAAUGAAAAACAUUGGAAAAUUUUCCUUGAGAAAUGAUGAAAAUAGAAUUGAUAAGAAAGUCAACAUGCCAGAAGAAAAGGAAACGAAAGAUGAAAAUGAUAUUAAUAACGCACACAUUUCCCUUGAUAUAAAGAAAAAUGAAAAUGAAAUAUCUUCAAAAAUUUUCGGAAAAUCUUUGCUAAAACCUAUUCUAAAUAGUAAAAGUGAGGCUGAAGAUGCUCUAAAAUCAAAUAAGAAUGCUAUAAUUUUACCUGGAGAAGAUUUUCAAAACAAUGUAAUUGAAAGAGAAAAUGAAGAAAAACAAUACAAAAGUUCAUUAUUGGAAAUUAGAAAUGAAUUGAGCCUAAUUCGAGACGAAAUAAAGAUAGUUAGAAAGGAAUUAAAUGAUUUAAGAACAGAAAAAGAAAAGAUGCAAAAUGAUGUCGCGGAAGAACGGAAAAAAUCAGAAAAAUUUAUGAACGAAAUAACAUUAAAACUUAAAGAAGAAGAAGAGAAAUUAAAUCAAAAUAAAGUUUUAAAAGAAAUAAUUCAAUCAGAAAUUAAAAAAUGCGAAAAAGAAUUAUCAAAUAUAAAGAACCAGAAUUUACAUGAAAUCAAUGAAGCUACAAGAGAAAAUAAUAAUUUAAUUGAAAAAAUAAAUAACUUAAAAAAUUCUGUUGAUAAAAAUUCAAUAAAUGCAUUAAAUUUAGAAAAAGAACAAGAAAAAUUAUGGGAAGAUUUAAAAGAAUUGCAUGUUAAAGCAGAAAAUGCAAAGGUUUCAAUGACCGACUUGCAAAAUGACACUGAAAAUGUCAAAGAAAUCUUCAUUAAUCUACAAAAAUCUGCAGAAAAAGAAAUAAGGAACUUAGAAGAUGUUAUUUCAAAAAAGAAUUCAUUGAAGGAAAAGGCGAAAAAGAUAGAAGAAUUUAAAAUGCACGAAACAGUUUCAGCAAAAUAUGAAAAUCAAUCGCAUAAAGGAAUUCAAAAUGAAUUAGAACGUUUGAAAAUUUUGAGAGAAGAAAAUUCAAAGUUGGAAUUAGAAAAUAAACGUUUAGCCUUAAAAAAAUCUCAAUUUAAAGAAGAUUUAUUUAAUUUUCAGGAAGAAAUUUUAAAUCAAAAAUAUUUAUUACGAAAACUAAAAAAAGAAAAGAUGGAAAUUGAGAACGAAUUGAUAAAUUCGCAUAUUUGUGAUUCGUAUCGUAAACAAUUAAGUUAAAUGAAGUAAAAGACGAUGCAAAUGAAGCACCUCUACAAAAUAAUGAAAUGUGGAAAUUAAGAGAAGCAAUUGAAAGUUUAAACUGUACUUUAAAAAAUCAAAAUCGGGAAUACCGACGUACAAAAUUAAAUCAAAACCACGAAGACAACAACGAAUUAACGACACUGUCUCAGUUAAUUGGGCAAUUGACAGAAAGUGUAAUAAUAAUGAAGAAUGAUCAAGAAGACAUUCGGCAGCAAUUAAGUAAAAGACAAUUCUCAAACCAACAUAACUGUACAGGGAUUUCGCCAAUCCCUGCACAAUGCGAACUUUGUAUAGAGACGAAUCGCUCUCUUCAUCGUAAGCAUAUUAAUACUUGGAUGAAUUCUCCUGAUUCCAAUAACAAAAUGUAAUUAAAUAUAAGUAUUUUAAAAAAAAUUGACAUUAAUUAGAAUAUUUUAAGUUAGAAAAUAUAAUUUAAAAAAAAAUUUCAAAGAAUUUUAAUUGUAACAUUUGUAAAUACGACUUGGACUAUUCUAACAAAUAAUACAUAAACUGUGGAAAUAUUCAAUAAAAUAGAACUUGAUGAUUUCAUUUUUUAUGGUCUUUUCCUCGUGUGUUUUGUCUUGAUGAGCCUGAAAGAAACAAUUUUUUUUACUAUCUGGC